UCAUCAUGAACUCUUCGCUUCUUGUUGCUAUUUUAUUGAUUAUUCCAACGAUAGUUCAGUCUUGUGGAUUCGGUGGUUUUGGAGGAUAUGGGCUUGGAUUAGGACUGGGUUGUGGCGGAGGAUUCGGCGGAUUUUCUGGAGGUUAUGGUUUAGGUUACGGUGGUGGUUUUGGUGGAUAUGGUGGCGGAUUUGGAGGUUACGGUCUGGGAGGAUAUGGACUCGGAUACGGUGGAUAUGGAAUGUUUGGUAGUGGAUAUGGCGGUGGAUGUGGAUAUUCAAUGAUCGGCGGUUGUUUUGGUAAAAAGAAGAAGUAAUUGAUGUUUGAAGUUUUGUUUUAAAAUUCCUUUCAUUUAUGCAUCGAUUCGUUUCCGUUUUUUCGUUGUACAUAAACAUUGAGAAUGACUUUU